AUGGAUUCGAGACCUUCCAAAUCGAAGCCCCGAGUCGACCUCCUCAACACCAGGAACAUGAAGCGUUCUUCCUCUUCCAAUUCGGACUCACACCAGGGCCAGCUCGACUCGCCCCACUCGCCUCUCCGAUUCCACUCCCCUCUCCGAUCCGACCAGGGCGACCCGGCCGAGUCCCCUCCUUACUCUUCCCCGAUCAAUUCGCCGGAGAAGCCCACCCCUCCCUCCGUCGACAACUCCAAGGCCGUCGUUGCGGUCGACAAAUUCACGCAGUACACUCCGCAGCCCUCCCCUCUACAGCCGUCGUCCUUCCGCGAGAUGGGAGCGUCUAUGAACCGAGCAGUGAGAGAGGAGGCGGCACCGUCGGUGAGGAAGGUAGGGCCGGAAGGAGGGAGAUCGGGAGCCGCGGUCGGGUCCAUACUGCGGCGCUCGGGGAAGGAAGACAUGGUUCGGCUCGCGGAGCUCUGUUUUCGGAUUGGUGAGCUGGUACUGUGCUUGAUUUCGUUCUCGGUGAUGGCGGCCGAUAAGACUCAGGGCUGGAGUGGGGAUUCCUUUGACAGAUACAAAGAGUAUAGGUACUGUUUGUCUGUAAAUGUGAUUGGUUUUGCUUACUCUGCUUUUCAAGCGUAUGAUCUCGGCUACUACAUGGGUACUGGGAAGCAUGUGAUUCGCCACCAUCUCCGUUGGCACUUCAAUUUUUUCACCGAUCAGCUCUUGGUUUACAUCGAACAGGCACUGUCAUACCUUCUCAUCUCAGCAUCGUCAUCAGCUGCAACACGAGUGGAUGACUGGCAGUCAAACUGGGGCAAAGAUGAAUUCACUGUGAUGGCAACGGCUUCAAUUGCAAUGUCAUUCCUGGCUUUUGUAGCAUUUGCUGCUAGCUCUGUCAUCUCCGGUUACAACUUCUGCAACCGUGAAUCUAUCUGA